AAAAACAUAUUUAUAUUAGAGGAUAAACGUAGCUACUGUUUAAAGUCUGCAACCAUUAAAGUUGUUGACAGGUUAGUGUAACUGUUCACAGUUGUGUAAUAAAAAGCUUUAGUUUAUUCCAACCCAAAUCUCAAAUCUUUCAUCGGCAAUGGCGGAUGCUAAACCAAGAAAUCUGAGAAUCGUGAUGUUCCCUUUCAUGGCUCAAGGCCAUAUUAUCCCUUUUGUAGCUUUAGCCCUUGGUUUAGAGAAGAUGAUGAAGAACAGAGCAGCCAAAACCAUCAUCUCUCUCGUCAACACUCCUUUGAACAUCCCCAAGUUACGCUCCAAUCUUACGCAUGAAUCCUCCAUAAGUCUCAUCGAGCUACCUUUCAACAGCUCUGCUUACGGCCUUCCUCACGAAGCUGAGAAUUGCGAUGCUCUUCCUUACUCUCUCGUCAUCAGCCUUCUUGAAGCUUCUAAGUCGCUUUGUGAGCCUUUCAGAGACCUGAUGCAGAAGAUCUUGAAGGAAGAAGAUGAUGGGAAGAGCUCGGUUAUGGUGAUCGGUGAUUUCUUCCUGGGCUGGAUCGGUAAGGUUUGCAAAGAGAUUGGUGUAGCGACAGUGAUGUUUAGUGCUGCUGGUGCUUUUGGGUUAGGCUGUUAUAGAUCCAUAUGGUUAAGCUUACCACACCAAGAAACCAAACAAGAUCACUUUCUUUUAGAUGACUUCCCUGAAGCAGGGGAGAUUGAGAAAACUCAGUUGAAUUCCUUCAUGUUGGAAGCUGACGGAAGUGACCAUUGGUCGGUGUUCAUGCAAAAGAAUAUCCCCGGAUGGUCUGAUUAUGAUGGAUUCUUGUUCAACACAGUUUCGGAAAUCGACCAGAUGGGACUAUCCUACUUCCGUAGAAUAACCGGUGUUCCGGUUUGGUCGGUCGGGCCGGUUUUUCAUUCCCUGGACAAAAAGACGGGGUCAAGAACGACAGAGGAAGCUGUCAAGGCAUGGCUUGACUCAAAACCGGACUGUUCAGUUGUCUACGUAUGUUUUGGUUCAGUGAACUCGAUUUCUCAAACGCAUAUGUUAGAACUGGCUAUGGCAUUAGAGAGUAGCGAGAAGAACUUCAUAUGGGUCGUGAGGCCGCCGAUAGGUGCGGAAGCGAAGAGUGAGUUUGAUGUGAAAGAGUAUAUACCGGAAGGAUUUGAGGAAAGAAUAACAAAAUCAGAAAGAGGAUUGAUGGUGAAGAGAUGGGCACCGCAGGUUGAUAUAUUGUCACACAAGGCAACAUGUGUGUUUUUGAGUCAUUGCGGAUGGAACUCCAUACUCGAAUCGCUUAGCCACGGUGUGCCAUUACUCGGAUGGCCCAUGGCAGGCGAGCAAUUCUUCAAUUCGAUAUUAAUGGAGAAACAUAUUGGGGUCUCGGUUGAGGUGGCCCGUGGGAAGAGAUGUGACAUCAAAUGUGAUGAGAUUGUUUCUAAGAUCAAGCUGGUGGUGGAGGAGACUGAUGUAGGGAGAGAGAUUAGGAAAAAGGCUAAAGAUGUGAAGGAACUAGUAAGGAGAGCAACGGAAGAUAGUGGAUCCUCUAUCAUUGGUUUGGAAGAUUUUCUUGGUCAAGCAAUGGUCAAGAAAGACAAGAAUUAAAGACAUAUGUAGAUGGUUUAUACUUUAUAUUAUAAACAUUUUAUUUUGGGUAACACACAUAUUGGGAAAUUAAAUAACCAUGACCAGUAGUUAUACGUA